AUGACACACAUCAAAUACCUACUUUUAGUCUCCCGUCAGGGAAAAGUUAGAUUAGCCAAAUGGUACACUCCUCUAUCACCAAAAGAAAAGAACAAAAUAAUAAAGAAUUUGACACCACUAAUUCUUUCACGUAAACCAAAAAUGUGCAAUAUCUUAGAAUACUCUGAUCAUAAAGUAGCAUAUAGAAGAUAUGCUAGUCUAUAUUUUAUAUGUGGUAUUACGCCGGAAGUUGACAACGAAUUGCUAACAUUAGAAGUUAUCCAUCGAUACGUGGAGACAAUGGAUAGCUAUUUUGGGAAUGUUUGUGAGUUAGAUAUUAUAUUCCAUUUCACAAAAGCUUAUGAUAUACUUAAUGAAUUAAUCAUGUGUGAUGGAUCUCUGGCUGAGACGAGUAAGAAAGAAAUAUUAAAAAAUAUUGGAGAGAUGGAUCGUUUGGAAAACAAAGACGACUUGAACAGAGUUCUGAGUUGA